AUGGCGGCGGGCGUGGCGGCGGCGGCGGCGGCGGAGCGGCUCUUCUCCCUGGAGCUGCUCGUGGACUGGGUGCGCCUGGAGGCCGCGCCGCCGCCGCGCGCCCCGGGCCCCGCGCUGGCCUUCCGCCUGCUGGACUUCCCGCCGCUGCUGGUCCGCGCCCCGCCCGCCGCCGCCGCCGCCGCCGCCCGCCCGCCGCCCGCCCGCCGCGGCGCCAUCGGCUUCGGGCGCGGCAAGGCCUGCGUGUUCCGCCUGCGCCCGGCCGCCCUGCGCCGCCCGCGCCUGCGCGCCGCGCUCCUGCUGCCGCCGCCGCCGCCCGCGGGCCCCGGCCUGCUGGGCACCUGCGACAUCCCGCUGGCCGCGCCCGCCCCCGGGGGCCGGCGAGGGACGUUCGCGCUGCGCAGCCCCGCCGGACGGCGCGUCGGGGACCUGGCGCUCUUCUACCGCCUGCGGGACCUCGGGCCCCCCGGCCCCGGGAGCGCCCCGGACGACGGGACCCACCGCCCCGCCCGCCGCGGGGACCCGCCGGGCAGCCCGCCCGGGACCCCGGGCGCCGAGCUGGAGUCGGCCGUCAACACGUUCUGCCCCCCUCCGCUGUAUUACACCCGCCGGCCCCGGGGCAAGGCGCCCCCCGCGCCCGCCCAGAUCACCCUCGAGCCCGGGGGACUCGGCGCGGAGGACGCGGAGCCCGCGAGCCCGCCCUCGCCCCGGCCCCCGCGUCCUCCCCCUCCCCCGGAGGGCGCCCCGGGGCCCCCCCGGGCCCAGCCGCCCCCCCGGGCCCCGCCGCCCCCCGCGGACGCCCUGCGGCAGCUGCCCCUGCUGAACGCGCUGCUGACGGAGCUGUCCCUGCUGUGCCGCCCGCCCGCGCCCGGCCCCGCGCCCGGCCCCCACCCGGCCUGGACCGACCGCACCCCGGUGCCCCGCCGGCCCGAGCCCCGGGGCGACCCGCGCCCGUUGGGAGGAAGCGAGGAGAGGAGCCCGCCGCGCCCGCAGCAGGGCCGAGCCCCGGGGAGCGGCCGGGGCGGCCGGGGCCGAGGAGCCGGCCGGGGGCGGCUGCUGUACGGCCUGACCCACACGCUGAGGCUCCGCCUAAGGCAGACGAACCCCGACAUGCUGGCCGUCCACGAGAAGAGAGAGCAGGACCGGAAGAGGCGCGCGCGGGCGGCGGGCGCCGGGCUCAGGGCCCCCUCGUGUAAAGCCGGGCCCCCGAGCUGGGCAGAGCACAGUCAGCGGCCCCGCACGCUGCCCGGGGACCGGCCUUCAGACGCCCGGCCCUCCAGGCCGGUCGGCAGAGUCCCCGGCGAGCCCAGCACCGACCCCAGCCAAGGGAGAGCUGAGCCAGCAGCCCUGCGGCCGGGCGACCUCAGGAGAGGCGGCGGGCCCUCGGGGUCGGCCCUGAGCCCGGCAGGCUCCACUGCUUCAGAAAGACGGGUGCCCCCCAGCCCCUGGGGGACAUCGGACUUGGAAGGGCAGAGCCCGUGUAUUUUCCCGCAGGAUGCCGCUGGCGAAAUCGUAGGUAGGGAAGUAAACCAUGGGCAGGUCAUAAAACCAUGGACAGAUAAUAGAAGUCAGAGUGCUGCUGCGACCGACGGUACACCAAGUAACCGUAACUGCUACGCAGACGCCCUCGAAUGCGAGUACUCGGAUGAUUUCACCAGCCCGUGCUAUUCCGAAGACUUCCACACCCCCGAAGACAGCAGCAGAAGCGUGCAAGCCCACAGUCACGGCGGUGCAGGGGUAACCGGUCAGACACACAGAGCCUGCCCCAGGAAGCCGAGGGAAGCCAGACUGCCCCCGAGGCAAAGCGGCAGUGAGGAGAGCUCCCUUCUCAGUCCCCCUUUUUCAGCUGGGUCGCCAGUGCCCUCGCACAAAAGACCUCACAGUAAGACUCCAGAUAGAAGCACGGAGGACGCGUCUAGCAUCUCUUCCAGUGAUGUAGCUUCAUCAUCUUGGACUAAGAAAGGUGAAAAACACGUAGACCAAACUAGUACGUGUACUUCUAAGACGGUAAGGACGGGCAAGGACGUCUCCAUUAGACGUAAAGCUGGAGCUGGUCGCAAGUGUGCAGACAAAAGCCAGUCCCCCCGCACGUCACAGGUGAGCUCCUACCUGCCGUCUAACUUGUCAGAACUUGAACUCAAGGACCUGGAGAGCGGUUCAUCCGAUCACUUCGACGAAGACGAUGACGGCCUUUGUUCACUAAACACUUCUAAGCAGUACAGAGACAUCUGUGAGUUAGUAAUAAACAAGCUCCCAGGAUACACCGUGUGAAAACACUUGCUUCUUCAUGGUCUGUACAGACAUGUGCUGUUAGUGGGAAAAGACUUCACACCACUUACUGCGUAAAUAAUGCAAAUAGUCUUUUCUUUUUUAAGGAUUGAAUUUGUUGUUCCUUUGACGUUUAGCAUCCUACCACUAAAUCUGACCCUAUUGGUCGUGGCACCUCCUCCCGUUAGGUAGACAUUCUUUUUUUUUAAGUUAAGAGUAAAAGUAUGUCUUCUUAAACUUUCUCUUCAAAUAUCCCAAAGUAAAGAGUGUCGUUGAAGAGAAGGCUAGUUAAUAAGAGUAGCCUUAGAUUCUCAUGGGAAUGAACUGUUUAGCAUGUUAGUGACCUCAUUGUCUAAAAUGCAUAAAGUUACAGAUGUAUUUAAGAUGCAGCCUCUUCCGUUAAAGGAGUUCACAGUUUAGGUAGAUGCGACAUUUUGGUGUUAUUUUAUAGGUAUCGUUUUACACAGCAUCCUGUACCCUCAUUAUUUUAGCCACAGUGUUUUGUGUUCUUCCACCGCUUCAAUUCUGUGAUGGGGAAGGGGUCGUCUAACGCACCGGGAUUUUCUUAGUGUCCAGCCUGGCACUGGUAUGUGGUUGGGGUGCAAUAAAAGCAUUUGAACAAACGGAAUAAAGUCUGGCACUUAAAAUACGCACUAGAAAUGCGUAGCACCCACCAACUCAAGCAAGCAGAAACCCUGAAGAGACAGCUAUACGACUGUUUUUGAGACAUAUUUGACUAAUAACUGUUUUGCUGGGCGUAAACAGCAAGAGUGUUUGCAGAGACAUGUGGAAAGGAACUCGGAAAGCUGUCUUCCCGCCAGAAAGCUGUCUUCUUGUCAGAAAGGUGCUUUCCCAUAUGGUUUCUGGAAUAGGAGUUCGUUAUGUUAUUUCGUAUUG